AUGGAACCACUUGGGGAUAGAAAGCUAAAACUCUUUGGUUUUCUAAUCGAUCCAUGUGUGAAAAAUUCUGAAGAUAGAAGCAUAAAUGUAUCCAAAAAGGAAGAAAGGUCAAAAAUCCCUUCAAAUCCCAAGAAGUACAAAUGCCCGUUUUGUUUUAAGAAGUUUAUGAAUUCACAAGCUUUGGGAGGUCAUCAAAAUGCCCAUAAGAAAGAGAGAAUGAAGAAGAAAAAGAUGGAGCUUCAAGCUAAUAGAGCUAAAUUCAAUCUUUACUUUGGGGCUCUUUUGAGUGAUAUCCAUGAUCCUACUCUAUCCUUCAAUGGGAUUUCCUCUGAUUUUACCUUUUACUCCUUGGACAACUAUCAAAAUGUGAACUUUAGCAAUACCCAUAUUGUCAAUUUGCCUUUCCUUUCUUCUUGCUCUAAGUUUGAACAAGAUGGGUUUACUUUAGGGAUAGGAAAUAAUGGCACAUGCUAG